CUAAAUUGCGAUCGAUCAAGUGGGUUUAAUUCAAGAAUGAGUAGCGUGGUUUCUUCAAUGGAUGCAAUUUCAUCUUCAUUCUCUCAACCCGAAUUCGAGUCUUUGCCUUCCUCUUCAAGAAUGCUGCCUUCUGAUGAUGCCCCCAUGUUGCCCUGCUUCCUGCCUAUCCCAGACAGCCCAGUUGGUUCCGAGCUGCAAACCCUAAAAAACCCAGUUCUUGAUCAUGAAAAAAAAGGUCCUGUUUCCUUGGCUUUGCCUUCCUCUUCAACAAUGCUGCCUUCUGAUGAUGCCUCCGUGUUGUUCUGCUUCCUCCCUAUCCCAGAAAAGCCAGUUGGUUCCGAGCUGCAAACCCUAAAAGACCCAGUUCUUGAUCAUGAAGACAAGGGUCCUGUUUCCUUGGACUUGACUCUUACUUCUGCUUCAGGGUCCAAGAAAAGGCCACCGGACGCUGAAAAUCCUCAGAGGAAAAGAAGAAGGAGAGUUGGCAAUUCGAUGACUGAACUGCGGCUGGGUGUUGAUCCAUGGAGCAUCAAGAAGACUCUUGAACCGAGCGACCUCGUGGGUGGUCUUUCCAGGCUGCUGGUGGCAUCAGAGGAUGUUCAGAAUCACAUUCUUCCCUACUUGGAUACCGUCAGCGCUGAAGAACUGAUUAAUGGCCACAACAUGGCGGUGGUAGUGACGGAUGUGGACACGAAGACUAAAGUGGAGAUGGUGUUGAGGCGAUGGAUCAGCAGCGGAAGCUAUGUCUUGAAGAAGAACUGGGUCAACGGUUUUGUGAAAAGAAGAGAACUGCAGGAGGGAGACGAAAUUGGACUGGAAUGGGAUAAGGGCAAUUCAAGUUUCAAUUUCAGCGUUCUCAAACGGGCUGCAACUGCAUGAUGAUUCUCAAGAUCAAUCUCAAACAUGGUUAAUUCCACAGGCUUAACUAAUCUAGUCUAGGGUCAGUAGUAGAGAUAAGUCAGACUGAUUAAUACCAUCAAUCUGUUGUUUUCUGUUUCUUAACUACGAAACUCAUGAUUGAUGAUCUUUUGAGUCUUAAUCAUUCAUUUUUUUUUUUUUGGUACGUGAUCAGCAUCAAUCUUAAUUAUGCUACAAUGUCAUGUUCAAUUUUCCUUAUUAUUGUUCAUUAAUGGAACAGUACCCUUUGAUCCAAUCUCUUAUGCAUUUUAUUAAUAGAACAGUAUCUUGUUU